AAUUAUCUUACGCUACUUUAAAAAGAAUUAUUGAGAAUUGAAAUUGAUGCACCUUAAAGAUAUCUCACUGGUCCAGAACUUUUUACUCACCCUGUGACCUUUUAGAUUAGUUCUUAUUCGAAGCUUAUUAAAUCCAAAAGAAAGGUACUCACUACUCAAUGUGUUUCAGAAUACUUUGGGUCAUAUAAAACCGCAUACAUCACCAGAAAUUCAGGCGAAAGCAGCUAAAGAUGUCGCAGAAAGAUUGUUAGGCAAGGAGAUAUCUCAAUUGUUUAUAAUGUUGUUAGAUACUAAUUUAGGGCCCAUUGGUAAAGAUACUUUCGAGAUAACAAAGAAUCAUCUAGGCGAGAUUGAAAUUCGUGGCACUUCUGGGGUGGCAAUCACAUGGGGUUUGCAUUACUAUUUAAAAAAUUAUUGCAAUGUUCAUAUAUCAUGGGACGGUAUGCAAAUUUCAUUGCCUAAAAUUUUGCCAGAAGUUCGAGUUAAAAUUACAUCGAACGACAGGUUCAGAUAUUAUCAAAAUGUGUGCACUGCAGGUUAUAGUUCUGUUUGGUGGCAAUGGGAUCAUUGGGAGAAAAACAUUGAUUGGAUGGCCCUUAAUGGAAUUAAUCUUGCUCUCGCUUUUACUGCACAAGAAGCGAUCUGGCAAAGACUAUAUCAAGAAUUAAAUUUAACAAAAAAUGAAAUCGAUGAACAAUUUGGUGGACCUGCUUUUUUACCCUGGACAAGAAUGGGCAAUAUUCGUGGCUUUGGUGGACCAUUAUCAUCAAAUUGGCAUAAUCGCACUAUGCAUCUACAACAUCAAAUUCUCCAAAGAAUGAGAAAUCUUGGAAUCACUCCAGUACUACCAGCAUUCGCGGGUCAUGUACCGCGAGCUUUCGCCAGACUUUUCCCAAAUGCUAAUAUGACGAAAAUCAAUUCUUGGAACAAAUUUAAAGACAAAUAUUGCUGUCCUUAUUUACUGGAACCGACGGAUCCGCUAUUCCGUAUUGUUGGGGAAAAAUUCCUUCAAAUGUAUAUCAACGAAUUUGGUACGGAUCAUAUUUAUAAUUGCGACACUUUUAAUGAGAAUGAACCCAGUAACAGUGAACUCACUUAUUUGAGAAAUGUCGGUCAUUCAGUUUUUUCGGCCAUGAAUGCGAUUGAUUCAAAAGCUAUAUGGUUAAUGCAAGCAUGGCUGUUCGUACAUGAUAUUACGUUCUGGACGAAGCCCAGAGUGAGAUCCUUCUUGACUUCAGUACCCACGCGCCCAUUUGAAGCGAGAAACAUGAAUAGAAGCACUAUGGUAGGAACUGGUCUAACACCCGAGGGUAUCAACCAGAACUAUGUAAUUUAUGAGCUAAUGAACGAGAUGGCAUAUCGUCAUGAGCCCGUCGAUCUCGACGCUUGGUUUGAAAAUUAUGCUACUCGAAGGUAUGGCGCAUGGAAUGAAUAUACAGUGGCUACUUGGCAGUAUCUUGGCAGAACCGUUUAUAAUUUUAUGGGCACACAAAGAAUCAGAGGACAUUAUGUUAUUACUAGACGACCAAGUUUAAAUAUUUCACCAUGGAUCUGGUAUAAUCGAGAAAAUUUUUAUUAUAUGUGGAAUGUAUUUCUAAAAGCGAGAUAUGGUAGAGGAAAUAGUACUCUCUACAGACACGAUGUGGUUGAUGUAACCAGACAAGCACUUCAAUUAAUGGCCGACGAUAUUUAUAUACAUAUGUUAGAUUGUUAUAAGAAAAAGAAUAUCACUGCUUUUCAAUCAUCUGCAAAUGCUCUAUUGGAACUUUUCGACGAUCUUGAGUCUAUUCUAGCAACAGGAAAUAAUUUUUUGCUGGGUAAUUGGUUAGCCCAAGCAAAAGGUAUGGCCAUUGAGAAUGAUGAAAGACAAUCUUACGAAUAUAAUGCGAGAAAUCAAAUUACUUUAUGGGGCCCAAAUGGCGAAAUUAGAGAUUAUGCGAACAAACAAUGGUCAGGAGUGAUUGCAGAUUAUUUUAAGCCUAGAUGGGAGUUUUUCUUGAAAGCCCUUACAAAAUCGCUAGUCCAAAACACCAAACUCAACAUUACCGAGAUUAACGACAGGAUAUUUCAUGAAAUCGAACAGCCUUUUACUUUCUCCGUAAAGUUUUAUCCAAUAGAAGCGAAAGGUAAUACUAUCGAUAUAGCAAUGAAAAUAAUUUCGAAAUGGUAUAUAGAUAAAACAUCAUCAUCGAUGAUGCAGAGAUGCUAAAGAAAAUUAUGAUCUUUUCUUUAGUUGGGUGAAAUCUACAUUUUUAUGUAAUAAAAUGUUCUACAAUGUAUCUAUAAUUGUAUUGAAAUAAUAAUUAAAACUACAAUCAA